UGUUCACGAUGAUUUCAACAAAGAAGAACAAGAAAAAGAAGUCCCCCUGUUUAUUAUUUUUAUUUACAAGCCCAAAUCGUGUUAUCAGUUCCGCACAAAAUGGAUCAAUUUUCAGAUCGAGAAAAUCCACCCGAAAGUGAAUCCAGUGCUUGUUUUACCUGUUUCCGGCUAUCACAGGAUCAGUUGUGCAUACUAAACAAUACCGCUAUGGGUGCCAACAUCGCAGAUUUACUGAUAAAAUACUUCUGGUUCCAACGCGCAGACUUUCGCCAAGAUCACAAAAUUUGCCGGCAUUGUUGGAAGCAGUUGAGCGAUUUCGAUUGCUUCUACCAAGAAGUGCAGCGUAACUACGAUCAGCUGCAGUUUGUCGGAAUUAAGCAAGAACCCGUAGAGAAAUCCGGUGUCAGCGUCAACACACAAGAUUUGGUCGGGGUUGAAGUGGAUGUUUCGCUUGCGGCCAACCAGUUCAAGCAGGAAUGCCAAUCCGAAGAUGAAAAUGACUUGAAAUCAGAACGCACGCUAGAGUCGGAAGAUUCUACCGAGCAAGAAGAGCUGAAACUAAGCGCGAAACCGAAACGAAAAUAUACUAAAAGGAACAGUAGUGACACUCCUAAGAAACCCAAAGCCACGAAUUAUCAGGUCAAAAGUGCGGAACAACUAGCGAAGGAGGACGAGAUUAUCAAGACCCAUGUGCAGUAUCUCUGCGAGAUAUGCGGAAUCAAUUGUUCGACUUUCACCCAGUACUUGAAGCAUGCUUCGGAAAAGCAUGGGCCUACAGGCUUCAUCGUAUGCUGUGGUAAGCGGUACUUCAAAAAGGUGCGUCUGCUGGAGCACGUUCAGCAGUUGGAAAACCCCAAUCGAUUCAAGUGCGAUAUUUGCUUCAAGAGUUUCAUCAGCAAUCUGGGCAUUCGAAGACACAAACAGGAGAUGCAUCUGCCGGAUGAGCUGAGAGUCUACCGUUGCGAACGUUGCCCUAAACGAUUCGCCAGAGAGAAGCAACUUCAGGCACACCUCAGGGGGCAUGAGACUCUGGAUAAUGCUACUGCCAAGUGUCAUGUUUGUGAGAAGGUAUUUCCAACGGAAGCUCUGCUGAAAACGCACGUCAAGAUUCGCCACACGCGUCCCACCGACUUCAUCUGCGAUGUUUGCGCGAAAGGAUUCUAUUCCAAAACGGAAUUCCUGCGCCACAAGCAAUCGCACGAACUGAGCCCGGCGGAGCUGCGCGUACAGUGUGACAUCUGCCAGCAAUGGUUGAAGAAUCAAAUCAGCUGGCGGAAGCACUACAUCCGGCACCAGCAAGGUCCGGCCACCUGCGAUCUGUGUGGUCACGUAUCACCGAACAAGGCAGCACUGUCGGGUCACAAACGUCACCGACAUCGGGAUGCCGGUCAGCAUAUCUGCCAAGAGUGUGGUAAGGAGUUCCGUAAAGCAUUGACCUUGCGAGAGCAUAUGGCCUCGCACACCGGUGAGGCACUGUACUCGUGUAGCUUCUGCGAGCGAACGUUCAACUCGAACGCCAACAUGUUCACGCACCGGAAAAAGAUGCACCCCCGGGAAUGGUUGGCCCUGAAGAACGCCCAGCAGGGCGUGAUUGCAUCCGUGGAAUAGAGUUCCGAAAUACUUUUGAAAUCUGUUUUUAUUGAAAAAUACCGAAAUUCAUCAAAUACGAUUUUAUUGGAAAAAAUGAUCCAAAUGCAGAAAAAAAAAUCUACUACGAGAUAGAUGGAGCUAGUGUUAA